GUCUUGAACCUUUCUGGUGAGUCUAGGCCACGCACAACCUCUCGCAUGGUCCGAAUUUUGGUCCAAAGACGAACGUACGUGUUCUUUUUUCUCACAGCACACUCCUACGGAGAAAAGCACCCCUCUCCGAAGACAAAGACCUUCCCCCUCCGGCGAAACUUCGACUUAAAAUGGGGAGCGAGGAAGAGAGACUUCUAGAGAACCAGCUGGAGUUUCAAUUGCAAGAUCAAAGAGAUUCACUUGCUACUCUAAACGAAGCCCUAGCCUCUGACCCCGCCAAUCCCGAGCUUCUCUCGGUUCAUGAGGAGCUUGUUCAGGCAAUAAAAGAUGCAGAGGAAGGACUUUUUCACCUAAAGCGUGCACGAUUGCUACGAGAAGCUGAUUCGGCGCUCCAUGGUUUCAACCCCACAUCUGAGGAUGUUAAAGUCGAGCCUCUUGACUCAGCAGACAUUGAACCGGAACCACUGGAGGAGCAAAUUUGCUCGGUUGGAUCAAAAUGUAGAUUCCGUCACACUGAUGGCCGAUGGUACACGGGUCGAGUCGUUGAGUCAGACAGUUUUGAUUCUGCAAAAAUUUCUUUUCUUACACCAACAGCCGAAAAUAUGUUGAUGUGCAAGUUCUUUCUACAACAACGAUGUCGAUUCGGUACUAAUUGUCGCUUAUCACAUGGUGUUGAUGUCCCAUUGGCCUCCUUGAAGAAGUACAUCCCAACAAUUUGGGAUCAGUCACUUGUGGGUUCCAGUAUUUGGGCAAUAUCAGAUAGUAAAUCUGGCAUUUGGAGAGAAGCUGAACUUGAAUCAUGGGAUGACAAACUUGGAGAAGGGCAAGUUGUUUUUCGAGAUGAUGGAAGCUCUGCAAAGCUUGGGCCAGAUGCAAUCUCAUUAUCUGAAUAUGCCCAAGUGAGUGAUGAUGAGGAGAGUGAUUCCGGCUCUGAACAGUCUGAUUCUAGCAAUUAUGAAGAAGAUUCACAAGGUAUAGGGUUUCUUGAAAGCACCACCCAGCAGAGAGGAAUCCAGACAGAAACUACCAUAUUUGCCAAGUGGGAGAAUCACACCCGGGGUAUAGCUUCAAAAAUGAUGGCCAAUAUGGGUUAUCGUGAUGGGAUGGGUUUAGGAGCUUCUGGACAGGGAAUGUUGAAUCCCAUCAGUGUGAAGGUCCUUCCGCCAAAGCAAUCUCUCGAUCAUGCUCUUGAAUCUUGUGAAGGUGAAGAGACCAACGAGAGUCAAGGGAAGAAGCGGAGCAGAGGUGGUAAGAGGAAACGUGAUAAGAAGUUUGCAGCAUUGGCUAGGGCAGCAAAGGAAGAAGAGGAAUUGAGACCAGAUGUCUUUAGUCUUAUCAAUAACCAACUCGCAAUGCAUAGUGAAGCUCUAAAUGGUGGGUCAGGAAAGAAGCAUCAAAAUAGAUGUUCUGGGGAGGGGAAGAAAGUAGAUAGGCGGGCUCUGAUUGCUUAUGAUGAUGAGGUAAAGGACCUGAGGAUGCGAAUUGAGAAGCUUGAAGAAAUGGUUAACAGAAACCGGAAGGAGAAGGUGGUUUACGAAGCUGCCAUGAGAAAAUUAAACGAGACUCGGAAAGCUUUAGCGGAGGCUGAGGCAGCUCAGGCAUCAGCAUCAAAUGCAGUUGUAAGUGGAGAAAAAGAAAAAAGAUGGCUCAAGUUUUAAGAUGGUUGAAUUAUACUUUUCACCCACAAACUACCAACUGUUUUUCAUUUUGCACCCUAAACUUUGUAUGCCAAACUACAUAUAUUUUUCAAUUUGGACUCUCGGUCAGUAUCUGACCGUUAAAUGAA